AUGGGUUUCCAGUGUAGAGUGCAAUCUGGAACUAAAUUUGACCCACAUUUAUAUUUUAGUUCCACUAUCCCUGAACUAUUUUAUCUCGAUAAUUAUGGAAAAUUGAAAUCUGAUACUCUUUACAAUUUAAACAGUAAUUAUAUUGAAGAAACCAAGAUUAAUGAUGAAAAUUGUUUCGUUGUGAAGGACAAUUCAAAUAAGAUAAUAGAUGAUGCGAAUGGACAAGGCAUGAAAGUUCGUUCAAAGGCAAAAUGGUAUAAUGACAUAAGAAAUGCUGUUUUACAAGUAUUUAAAUCGUCAACUAUGAUGCAUGUGUGUGUUGGACUUGAUAUAACUGAAACAUUCUCACCAGAGGUUGUAGAGAAGUACCAGAAAAACUAUUUGUGCUCCUUUAUUGACAUGAGCAACUAUGACUUACUCUUCGACAAAGAAUGGGAGACUUAUUUAAAGAACUUGUUGACCACAACCACAAAACCAGCACUCGUCUCCCCGGAACUUGAAAGAACUACUUUGGACAAAUAA